AUGUUCUCGCUCAAGAGAUUUGCCUUGCUGGCGACCUGUCUUUUACCUUCUCUUAUUAAUGCCGGCGGCGCACCGACAGACACCUGGCGAGAUGCAGACGAAAUGCAAUCGAGCUAUCUGGACAAUCACAAUAUGGAUCCAGCGAUUGUAGGCAGUCCGGCAUUUGGCAUGCUAUGGUCGAAACAAUACAAACCCGGAGAAAAGUUCUUCGCAAAGCCUCUCAUCUUCACUUCGAGCAAAGGGCUCAAUGGCAACAAGCCGGUUGUCAUUCUCUGUUCCGCGCUGAACAACAUUUACAUUGAGGAUGCAAAGACUGGAGGAAACAUCGCCACUCUGAGGCAGCGAAACGUGGGUGCGGCAUUCACACAAGCAGACGCCGACAAUUGUCCGGAUCUUGGAGGCCCCGCUGGUAUUAUUGGAACGCCGGUCCUCGACCCAAACUCAGAGAUCAUGUAUUUUUUCAGCAAAUCGUAUGCGGACAUCAGUGGUGCAACUCAAGGUACGGCGAACGGAAAAUAUAGAUUCCACGCCGUCGACAUCAACAGCCCCACACUAGAAGAUGUGUCGGGCUACCCAAUUAUGAUUGAUGGAUCAGUUGCUGACAACGACCCGGGUAUCCACUUCUUUGGUGGAGUGCAACUGCAGCGCCCUUCUCUUCUCUGGAGAAAUGGUGUAGUCUAUGGUGGUUUUGGAUCGCACUGCGACAAAUGGAACUUCACCGGAGCCGUCAUUGGUGUCAAUGUUGCAGAAAAACGCGUGGUGACAUACUUCUCUACGGAAAUCUCCCCAUGGCUGCUACCAGGCGGUGUCAACGAUUGGACGCAAAGUUCCGGACAGGGCGGUAUAUGGAUGGGUGGCUGCGGUUUGUCUUCUGACAGCGGUAGCAGAUUCUUCUUUACCACUGGCAAUGGAAAGGGAAAACAGGCCCAAAAGGGGCAGAGUCUCAACGGCAAAUCCAUUAAACUUGCAACUUUGGGUGAAGCGGUUGUCAAUCUGAGAAUCGGCAGCGAUGGUAAAAUCGAACUUCAAGAUUGGUUUCAACCAUACGACUACGCACUAUUCGACAAUAAUGAUGAGGACUUGGGUUCUGCAGGGCUUAUGUUGCUUGAUACCAAUACCUUCAAGGGCACCGGGGUCAGCAAAAUGGCGAUUACCUAUGGCAAAAAUGCAUAUAUGUAUGUUCUGAAUGCCGAUAAUUUGGGUGGUUACGGAAAUGGGCCCGGCGGUGGAGAUGGCGUUAUCCAAACUAUCAACACUGGCGCUUCAACCUUUGGAGGAUCCGGAUCUUAUCCUCUUGAUGGCGGUUACAUAUAUUUUGUUCCAUCAACGACCCCCAUCCAAGCGUACAAACUCGGCUUCAAGGCUGAUGGUACACCCCAGUUUUCAUUCGCUGGUGCGAGCGUCGACAAAAUUAGCGGACGUAUUGGACCUCCAACUGUCACUUCAUACAAGGGUCAGCCUGGCACCGGUAUCGUCUGGGUUGCUGAUAAUAAUGCGGGUCUGGUGGCUUUCAAGGCCGUCCCUGAGAACGGUGUAUUGAUUAAACUCAAUACUCCAGCGACGGGUGGCUUGAACAAGUUCCAGCGCCCAGCUUUUGGAGAUGGGACGGUCUAUGUUUCGACCACAGGCGGCAAGGUCAUGUGCCUCGGAAGUCCAGUUAACUUGCCCUUGAACUGCACUGGAAUCGAUUUUGGGGAUGUCCCUUUCGGAAAUACGAAAGUUGGAACCGUAACUUGCCAGACGACAACCAAUUUGAAGGUCAAUUACAUAGUGCUCGGGGAUGGCCCAUACACGGCUAACAACAAUACCCUACCAACGGCUCAACUCGCUGCUGGAGCGUCAUUCUCUUUUCAAGUUACUUGGAACGUCCCAGCAGACACGCCUGGAAUUAGAACAUCCACCGUUACAAUCAACGUUACCCCAUCUGUUGCUAAUCAAUUCACAAACAAUGUUCCUGUUGGCCUCAAAGGUAACGUUGUGAGCGAAGGUGCAUUUAUUACCAUCUCACCAGUUCAUUACUCCUUCAACCCCAUUAUUGUCGGAACCCCUUCCGAACCAGAGGGCCAAGCCGGUACCUUCCAGCUUGGAAACGCUGGUCUCCAGUCGCUUCAAAUUCUUGGUUAUUACUACUCAGAAGAUGGUGAGACGUAUCACAAUAUUACUACCAACGGUACCAACCCAGAUUACAAAAUUGUUGGAACCGGAUUCAAUGUUGAAACUUCCUCAUUGCCUGUAAUCGGAAGUACCUUAUCUCCGGGGUCCCAAACUACGAUUGCUAUGCAUUUCUAUGCGGUAAACGGACAAUCGUCUGAUUAUGGAACAGCAUUCUUUAUCUCGACAAACGGGGGGAUUGGUCGCAUUACAUUAUCCGGAACAGCUUCUGCCUCGCCAAAGGCUGAAGUCGCCGUUGCUACCCCUGAAGGUUUCUGGAACUUGAAUUGGCGUGAUACACACGAUUUCCAUGAGCUCGAAGCUCUUCCAGGCAAUGUUGCCAUUCGUACCAUGAGGAUUUGCAAUAGAGGCGGUAGUCCUCUAGCGGUCACCAAGUCCAAGCCUGUCUCAACUACUUACCUUUACGCGGAUAUCGAGACUGUUUUCCCAGAGGGUUUACAGAUUGCACCGAACGAUUGUGCCUACGGAAAUGUCAGCUUCACGCCCGGCGUUGCUUACAUUAACACCCAGCCAAAAAUAGUCACAGGCGCCUUCGUUCUUAACUUCAACGAUGAGACCUGGGGAGGAGAAAAUUUUGUCAACUUUCAGGGAACCAUUAUGCCACGGCAAGAUGGGCCACUCAACGGUCUCUUGGCUCUUUAUCAGUUUGCUGGAUGUUACAAAGAUUCCACUUGCGGCGCUUCUGGUACUUCCCGUUGCUUCCAACAAGCUGGUAGUUCGGACACAAACAGCGCUGUUGAGUGUAUUGCGAAGUGUCAAGCCCUUGGAAAACCUAUCGCCGCCACCCAGUAUACGAGGGAGUGUUGGUGUGGAACUACUAUGCCACCACGAUCUGCUCCAAACUUCAUUGACGACUUUGGUUUCCAAUCCAAGUGCAAUUAUGUGUGCCCGGGCGAUAGGGCCAACCCACUUCAGUUCUGCGGUGGUACUGGAACACUUAUGAAUGUUUAUUACGACAUGACCAGGAUUUCCAUAACUUCCUCAAGCACCACUACCACAAUGAGUUCCACAACAUCGUCUUCUCAAACUACGACAUCCCCAGUUGUCGCUACUACAACAUCGUCGAGCAUUAUCACAACUUCAUCCACGACGACGAUCACCACCACCACCACCACCACCACCACCACCACCACCACCACGACUACAGGACCACCACCACCUGUUUCGACUGUCCAUAACCCUGGAAAUGUUAACUAUACCUGGAUUGGCUGCGUCGCUGAGCCAGCCACUGGGCGUGCUAUGGCUGGUGGACAAGUCCUUGGAAGUGAAUCCUCCACUAUGACCGUCAAGCGCUGUCUUGAGUUCUGUUGGCCCAAGAUUUGGGUGGGUCUCCAGUAUGGAGGCGAAUGCUGGUGCUCUUCUGGUCCAGUUAAUUUUGGAGAUACCCUUCCCGAUUCUCAAUGCAACGUACUCUGCAAAGGGAAUACCACCGAGUACUGUGGUGCCGGUAAGAAGUUUGACCUUUACCAACUGAGGGCCAAUCUCACUUCAAGCUCAUCCACUACGACUACAACUACAACCACAACUCCAGUGGUUACGACCCUGAGUACUACCCCUUCUACUACUCCCUCCACCACUCCCUCCACCACUCCCUCCACCACUCCCUCCACCGCUCCAUCCACCACACCAUCGACUACUCCAUCGACUGCUCCAUCGACUGCUCCAUCGACUGCUCCAUCGACUGCUCCAUCCACCACCCCGUCGACUACUCCAUCCACCACUCCAUCGACUACUCCAUCCACCACCCCGUCGACUACUCCAUCCACCACUCCAUCCACCACUCCAUCCACCACUCCAUCCACUACUCCAUCCACUACUCCGCUGACAACGGCACCUAGUACAACGUUCAUCUCAACUACUAUCUCUUCAGUUUCGGCUUCUACCACCUAUGCCUUUGGCUACUAUUCUCUCGGCUGUUAUACUGAAUAUGCCGCCCCUACCAAGCACGAACUCCUUAAACUCGUGGCCAAUGACACUAUGAAUGUCGAAGUUUGUCUACAAGUUGCCAAGGCCAAGAAUUACAAUUACGCUGGUCUAGAAUACGGUCGAGAGUGUUGGGCUGCCAGCUUAACAACUACGCCGCUGAUUACCCCUACCAGCGGAGCUGGGGCUUGUACGAUCAAGUGUAUGGGGAAUACUACACAAUCUUGCGGUGGUCGGAAUAUGUUGAAUCUAUACUAUUCACCCACCUCUACAGCUACCGUACUCAGAGCAAGGCGCGCACCGAGACAGUAUGGUGACUACGGUGUUGAUGAUUAG